CGGCAAUCCUAAGAUAACCAAAACAGCCUCGUCUCUCAGCUAAGAGCGACGCUUCUAUAGAACUCGUCAAGCAGGCGACUGUUACAGAUCUGCAAAAUGGCACAACCCAUGACAACGUUCCCGGAGGCCUAUCCACAGCAGAACCCACACUAUGGGUACGACCAAGGACCUCCGCCUGCAUACAAUCCUGCACCGUCUGCACCUCAAACACAGCUCGGCAGCAUGGCACAACCCAUGACAACAUUCCCGGAGGCCUAUCCACAGCAGAACCCACACUAUGGGUACGACCAAGGACCUCCGCCUGCAUACAAUCCUGCACCGUCUGCACCUCAAACACAGCUCGGCAGCAUGGCACAACCCAUGACUACGUUCCCGGAGGCCUAUCCACAGCAGAACCCACACUAUGGGUACGACCAAGGACCUCCUGCAUACAAUCCUGCACCGUCUGCACCUAAAACACAGCGCGGCAGCAUGGCACAACCCAUGAGAACGUUCCCGGAGGCUUAUCCACAGCAGAACCCACACUAUGGGUACGACCAAGGACCUCCUGCAUACAAUCCUGCACCGUCUGCACCUAAAACACAGGUGGUCGUGAACCAGCCCGCUCCUGCGACAACCAAUACUGUGUUCGUCAGACCUCGUGUCAAGCCGCCCAACUACAUGGGGCUGUCCAUCUCUGUGCUGGUGAUGGUCAAUCCGCUCUUUGGGACAAUUGCUCUCAUCUUUUCAAUGUUAUCGGACUGCGACUACGGCUCCGGAGAUGUGGAGGGAGCCCGGAGCAAGGGAAAGAUAGCCUUGUGGCUAAACAUCAUUGGAAUGGUGACAAGCAUCAUUGUGACAGUCGUGGCCAUUGUUUGGUAUUUCGUGGAAAUAGGGGCAGUUUCCGAUUCAAUCUAUGACGAAACCUAACUAUAAACGUAUAGUUGCUUUGGCCAAUGUCCACAGAAGAUCUGUGCUUGAGGACUAUUCUUUCCCUUUACGUAAAAUGCCUUAAUUAAUGGCAAACCACUGUUCAAAAAAGUUUCAUGCAAGAUUUUGUGAGUAAGCUACCUACAUCAUACUGGUUAUAUUGUUUAUAAUCAGUAUUUUAUUAGUAUUGACUAUAAACAAUGUACCUAGUAAGAUGUUUAUAAUCAAUAUUUUAUUAAUAUCGAUUACAAGCAAUGCAAUUAUGCAUGUAGUAUGAUAUUAAUUACCAAUAUUUUCUUAAUAGUUUUUCUGUCAUUCGUUCAGUGUUCAGAGUUCCCUACUCUGCGUGCGUGCUUAUAAUAAUAAUAAUAAUUAUUAUUUUUUGUUGAAAUAAAUUUAAUUUUGCAUUAACUCAAGGAUUAUAAAGAAAUGAUGAAUUCUAAUGAGGCUUUAAACUGAAAUGUAGGUUACUUUGUGAUCACCUUACUACUUUGCAAAAUUGAUGAAUUGAAUGUGGUGAAUUACACAAAACUUACAAAUGUUAAAACAAUACAUUUCGACAUUUCCACCAUUGUUCUUAUCCACUCAUUCUUUAUACAUAGUGAGGUGGGAAUUAAAUCAGGCUAAAUAUAAAGGUGUUUGAACGAAGCAUUUCUGGCUGUACAUAGACAACUCUGGAAAAUUGUUGAAAAUGAUAUCAAAUGAAAGCGAAGACAACCGUAAUGAACUCCUAAUAACGUG